AUUCCAUAUGAGCGUAUAUUAUAAAUACACAACUCCUCCUUCCAUCCAGGACACACAGCUCUGAGCCUUUCUGCAAUUUCAUCUUGCACAAGAUUAAGAAAUUAAGGAAAACAAAACCUUGCUAGCUAGCUAGAUCCUUUUAAUACAUACAAAACAAGGUACGUACCAAUCAUUCACAAUGAAGGGAGAGGGGAAACGAAACACCAAAUGCUUAGCAUACAUUGCUGCUUUCGUAGUGUUUCAGACCAUAAUCAUCUUGGCCUUCGCCCUAACUGUGAUGCGCGUAAAGAGUCCCAAAGUCAGGUUCGGUGAUGUGGUGGUCGAAAGCUUCACGCCCAGCAGCACCAACUCAUCUUCUUUCGACAUGAGAUUGGUUGCGCAGGUGACCAUCAAGAACACAAACUUCGGACACUUCAAGUACGAUAGCAGCAACGCCACCAUCUUAUACGGGGACACGCCGGUGGGGUCGGCUGUCAUUCCCAAGGGGCGUGCCAAGGCAAGAAAGACUCAGAGAUUCAACGUCACCGUCAGCGUUACCUCAGCCAGCCUCUCGGGGAAUGCAAACCUUACCAAUGACAUUGGGUAUGGAACUCUGAGGCUGAGCAGUCAGGCCAAGCUGAGCGGAAAGGUGCACCUGAUGAAGGUGAUCAAGAAGAAGAAGUCUGGUCAAAUGAGCUGCACCAUGGCAGUCGAUUUGGCAAAGCGUGCAAUCCAGGAUUUGAAGUGCAAGUGAAACAGUACUAUGUAUGCGUAAAUUACCGCCUUCGGGGUGGAUGUUUGUCGAUCGAUCCAUCGUCAAUUUUUGACUAUUUGGUUUUGUGUAUUUCUUGUUUGUUCUUUUAAUUCUUUAAUUUGUAGGAGCCGACGUUGUACGUAUUCAGUCAUUUCUAGAUCGAUCUAUCUUCGUGUUGUACGCCUUAGAUUUUGGAUUUGUGUUAUAUAUAUAAACAGACCACUUGCUUUAA